CUGAUAAUUGGUGAAUUUCACAGCCUGUCAAAUAAAUACAUUUAUUAAUAAAUAAAUAGUUUAUACAACAUGGUAGUAUUUGUACAUUUUAUUAUUUAAAAAGUUUUUCCAUAUAAUACUGUAUGUAGUGAUUAAAAUAUUAUUAUAUAAUAAUUGGGAAUUAUAACAUUGGAAUUACAAACUCAAAAGCACAUUAAAUAAAUGCAUCCGAUUAAGUAUUAAAAACAUGUAUAUGUACACAUAUAUAAAUUGUAUUUUUGGUUACUCAUGUGAUCAUGAGAUUUACUCUAAUUUGAAAUAAAAUUCUUAUUACUGAACUACAUUAGAUCUCCCUUCUGUCUUUAUCUAAUAAGAUAUUUGUUACAGAUAUUUCGAUUUGUGACAUUCAUAUACAUCACUAUUCGUUUACAGAGAAAUAUCUGGUAGGGAGGGAGAAAAGAGGAAAUGGUCAGGUAAGGAGAGAAUAGAUUGUUUCUCUCCCUCCCUACCCUUCAUUAUGUUCUCUCUUUUUCACUCUUUUCAGAUGCCCUCUCGCUUUGGCACUGCGGUGCGGAUCUUCAUCACUACCCUAUUCGCGGCAGUGGUGCUUUUUGCCAUCCUACUGGCUUAUGUGACAGGUUACCAGUUCAUCCACACCGAGCAGCACCACCUGUCUUUUGGUUUGUACGGUGCCUUUCUUUCCCUCCACCUUCUCCUGCAGAGCCUCUUCGCCUACCUGGAGCACCGGCAAAUGCGUGGCCCCUCCAGACCCCAGCACCUGCGGCGCACAGUGGCCCUCUGCAUCGCAGCCUAUCAGGAGGAUCCGGACUACCUUCGCAAGUGUCUUCGAAGCAUUCGCCGCAUUUCUUUUCCCGGGCUUAAAGUAGUGCUGGUGGUGGAUGGGAAUCGGCGGGAGGAUGGCUACAUGAUGGAAAUUUUCCAGGAGGUGAUGGGGGGAGUGGAGCUGACAGGCUGUGUGGUGUGGAAGGGGAAUUACCAUUGCGACGGGGAUGGGGGAGGAGGAAAAGGCUUGUUGCAUGCCGAGGAAACUGCACGGGUGGCCAGGGUGGUGCAAAGCUGCCGUUAUUCCUGCAUUAUGCAAGAGUGGGGUGGCAAGAGAGAGGUCAUGUAUACAGCCUUUAAAGCACUGGGAGAUACUGUGGAUUACAUACAGGUAUGUGAUUCAGACACUGUACUUGAUCCAGCAUGUACCAUUGAGAUGCUUAAGGUUCUAGAGGAAGAUCCAGAAGUGGGUGGAGUCGGAGGAGAUGUUCAGAUUCUGAACAAGUAUGACUCCUGGAUCUCCUUCCUGAGCAGUGUCCGUUACUGGAUGGCUUUCAACGUGGAGCGGGCCUGUCAGUCUUACUUUGGAUGUGUGCAGUGCAUCAGUGGACCUCUGGGAAUGUACCGCAACUCUCUCCUCCAACAGUUCCUGGAGCCCUGGUACCACCAGACCUUCCUAGGAAGCAAGUGCAGCUUCGGAGAUGAUCGACACCUCACCAACCGCGUCCUCAGCUUCGGCUACAAAACCAAGUUCACGGCACGCUCACAAUGCCAAACCGAGACCCCCACGCAAUAUCUGCGCUGGCUCAACCAGCAGACCCGCUGGAGCAAGUCUUACUUUCGAGAGUGGCUCUACAACGCCCUUUGGUUCCACAAGCACAGCCUCUGGAUGACCUAUGAAUCUGUGGUCACCGGGUUCUUCCCCUUUUUUCUGGUGGCUACAGUCAUCCACCUGUUCUACCGAGGCCGGUUGUGGAACAUCUUACUCUUUUUGCUAACAGUCCAGCUGGUGGGCAUGGUGAAAGCCACCUAUGCCUGCUUCCUGCGGGGUAGGCUUGUCAUGAUCUUCAUGUCACUGUAUUCACUACUCUACAUGUCAAGCCUGCUGCCUGCUAAGAUCUUUGCCCUGUUCACUAUUAACAAAGCAGGUUGGGGAACAUCAGGCAGGAAAAAGAUAGUGGUAAACCUUAUUGGGGCUGUACCUGUGACCGUGUGGGCAGCCAUACUGCUCGGUGGCAUGGUUUACACCAUUUACUGUGAGGUCCAAGAGCCCUUUAGUGAGAGAGAAAAGGCUCUUCUAAUUGCAGGUACCAUCCUCUAUGCCUGUUACUGGCUCAUACUCCUGGUGCUCUACCUGGCCAUAGUGGCCAAGCGCUGUAACAAAAGAGAGGAACAGUAUCAUCUAUCCUAUGCCGAAGCCUAGCAUGGUCUCUCCAAAAAGAUCUCUACAUGCGGUCAGGGCUCAUUUGAAAUGGCCCCAUCCUUACCUGGUGCUGCAAUCCUGAUUAUAAUUAUGGAUCAUGUGUAAGUCCAAGAAUGUUGGUUGUUAGAUGGUUAUUUUUUUAGCUAUGU